CAGAGUGAGUCCCUGCGAUGUAUUAUUUGACUUGUUAAGCACAUUUUUACUCCUGUACUUAUCCAUGCUUGCCAUAAACACAAUUCCACUUUGACAUUAUGGGGUAUUGUGUGUAGGCCAGUGACACAAAAUCUCCAUUUAAAUUCAGGCUGUAACACAACAAAAUGUGGAAAGGAAAUGGGUGUGAAUAUGUUCAGAAGGCUCUGUAGAGUCAUUAGACAAAGGCGUCUUCUGUACAGCGGGAUUUUUGUUAAGGGCCCGAGCUCUGUCUGAGCAUUAACAUCCAUUACGCUUUUGGAAGCAUGGGGACCUUGUCUUUCGUAUCAGCAAAAAAUAAUUGAUACACAACUUUUUAUAGGGUUAGAUUUCCCACACGGCCGUAUCUCCAUGUUACAGCGUGUGCUUGCGGAAGACGGACAUAAGACAGAGGGACCACCUGUACUAAUUAGCUAUCUAGCAUGCUCCAAAAACCUGUGGGUAAUAGAAGGCUGCCAGAAACGGGUUGUCACUGAACAAUUCUGUCGGCUGCAACUGUGAUAAAGCCAGUUAAAAUAGUGUACAAUAAGGAGAAGGGUCCGGGGUGGCUGAUGAAGAAGGGGUUUACUCUGAUCCUAGUGGGCCACAUCAACUUCAUCCUGGGAGCCAUCGUUCACGGUAGCAUCUUGCGUCACAUCUCCAAACCCAACGACCAGAUCACCACCGAGUUCACCACAGCCAACAUAAUCUCUGUCACUUCUGGACUGCUGAGCAUUGCAACAGGAAUCAUUGCCAUAUUGGUGUCAAGAAAUCUGCCAGUUUGGAAACUGCACAUAGGUCUUCUGAUUAGUUCCUUCCUGAAUGCCCUACUCUCUGCGGCCUGCGGCGUCGGGCUCCUAUUGGCUAUUAGCCUCACAAUUACCAAUGAGGGGCGGGGCCUCAUGAUGGGCUGCAACUUCACUGACCAGCCAAUCAACGCCCGCUCGCCAGUCAACGCGGACUGCCCCUUCGACACCACACGGAUAUAUGACACUACCCUGUCUCUGUGGUUCCCAUGUGUUCUGCUGGCAGGACUGGAAACAGGACUGUCCAUCUGGUGCUUCGUAGUGGGACUGGUACUGAGGGGUCUAGGACCCUGCUCACACGCAUACCUCAAAGAACAGCUGGAGGAAGAGGCUCUGACCAAUAGGGCAGCAGCAGAUCCAGAGUACUCACCCCAAGGCCAAAGCCUGAUUGGAUAGAGGACUGCCACAGUCAUGGAGAUCUACGGAAGUAACUAAUACCUCCUCUCUCAUGGUCUCUUCCCAACAUUUGUUUAAUGGCGAAAGUGAUGACUGAACCUCGUCCUCUUCAGAGAACCUCCCCGAUGCCACUCAUACCAAAGACUCUCCUCUCCCUCUCAGUGAGCGUCUAGACUGUAAGAUGACCAUGUCUCUGUAUUUGUUCACGUCUGCUGAGAAUGUCAACCCUCCCCUUGAUCCGCCAACAUUUCACAAAUGACAAACGCCUUUAGUGUAGAAGUUAUUCUUGGGAUCAAUAUCCUCGUUAUAGUAUUCCGCUAUGAUCAUGGAAAUGAUUGUAUUUAAUCACAUUUGGAAUUUAUCAUGCCGUUAUGCCUAAAAAUCCUAGCUGCAUUUUAAUCUGAUUUAUGGGCAAUUCACGAUAUACUUUGUUUUACAAUUAAAGGUCAAAUGCACUGCAUUUCAAACAGUCAGCAAGAAUCUAAUGUAUUCGGGGCUUGUGAAGUUAUACCAAGGCUAAAUAUAAGCCUUCCACAACCACAAGACCCGCUAAUAUUGUUUAACCUGCUUUAUGCAAUAAUCACUGAUCUGGCUUUGAAUAUGCCCUUUUUGUUAGUUAACCCGAACCAUGCAUAAUGCACAUUCACUUAUAAUGACUAACUUCUUGUAGCAGGCAUUAUAGAAAUUAACACUUGUCUCAUAAACAAUCUCUCAAGCACAAGCCCACGUGCUACUGACUAACCAGCUAAUCUUUAUAUUUCAAGUUUAGCCAACUUGGAUCUAUUUGCUGACAAAGUAGAACAGUUUGUUCUACCUUGUUAUGAACACACCCUUCUGUCCAUCUCCUAACUGUUUGAACGGCAUGCUAGCCUGUCGGAUAUUGAAAUCAAGUGGUCUACCUUAUUUCUCAAAAUGAGAAUGAAUAUUACUGCACAUUUCUAAAACACAGACUAGACGGCUAAUAUAACAGUCUUUGGCUAAAAUGCUGCUAGAGGUACGUGGUACUGCAAUGCAGCGCAUGACAAACUGAGCAUUCAUUUUCCAAAAUUGUUACUCCUGUUUUAGUAGUCUGCUCUCGUGCAAUUUGAGGAGUUGAGACUUAAAAGGGUAUCUUUAGAGGUUAACUUACCCUCUAUUACAGUAAAAAAUACUAUCUCAAUGUCUUUCGGGGGUCCAUAUGACUGAUUCUGUUGGACCAAACCUCAAAUGCAAAUAGUGACUAGCAAGUUGAAGCCACUUGUCACAGGGUGAAUGAAGUGAUCUCUUGUCUUUGUUGUUGUGAGUGACUGUGUGUGUGUGUGUGUGUGUAAAUGUUAAGGUGCACAGUCACAGCAGAUGGAGCGAAGAAAACGAGACCAAAAAGGCAUGAAAACAAGCGGACAUAAACGCUCAUAAAAACUAAAAAUAAACAUACUUUUUGCGAUACAUGCAUUUGGAAUAUCGCGCAAAAACACUAAUUUGAAUUAAUUCAAUAUAAUCGCCCAGCUCUACUUGAUAUAUGUAGGAAUAUAGCAAUAGCCUGUCCGAGAAGGGCUCUGUGGUUCAAUAUCAACUGUCUUGAAUUGCAUCCUCUCCUAUCCCCCAGUUUUUUUUUUUCCUGAUGGUGCAUAUGAAGGAAAGGAAACGGGGAGAGGAAACCACUUUAGAGUACUGAGACGGGUCCUAAGAGUUUGUUUCGGGCGUAGCUGGGGUGGGCUCGCAUUCCCCAACACCAGGCAGAAGCGAUCAGCUCAGCGCUGAUGCGGUUAAUCUGGGGCUGGGUUAAAUCGAGCAUGGUGUAAUCUUUGCAUGCAAGGCUAAUCCCCCAAACUGAGGGGAAAAUCAAUAUUGACAUAAGGAGGUGACUGACACUAUAAAGCGGGUUACCUGUGCGUGCCCGGCUGAAGGUUGUCCCUCCAGGGCUGCUGUAUGUUGUUGAUACUACAGUAGUAAUACUACAAUGUGGUUUUGGAGUGAUAAGUUAAUGUAAGGCUACUCAUCAAGAUGAGCUGGAUUUCAGAGUUUAAACCCUGGUGGGUUGUCUGGAUUGUGCUCUAUCGGAAUGUGGUUCAUUAAUGUUUUGUGUAUAAGAGUUGGGUCAAUAUCCUAUUUAUUCAGUAAAUGAAGUUAAUUUCAAUUCAGUUUUAAUAGUUUAUUUUUAUUUUUAAGCAUGAGUGGAAUUUCAUUUCACCUCCUGAAAAACUGAAUUGAUCUACAUUUAAUGAUGUACGGUUGAAGUCAGAAGUUUACAUACACAUUAGCCAAAUGCAUUUAAACGCAGUUUUUCACAAUUCCUGACAUUUAAUCCAAGUAAAAAUUCCAUGUUUUAGG